AUGGCACCGAACGAAAACUGGGACAAGUACAAGAAACCUAUAGAGGAAGAAAAGGAUGAGAAAGAGACAGAGAUCAAGCCUUUGAGUGAAGAUGAUAUUCAGGUUUUAAAGACAUAUAGUGCUGCACCUUAUAGCGUGUCAAUUAAGAGCAUAGAGAAGGAUUUGAAAGAGUUAGAAAACAAAAUCAAGGAAAGGAUGGGAAUUGAAGAGAGUGACACUGGUUUGUCGAGCCCUAAUCUUUGGGAUGUUGCAGCGGAUCGUAAAAGAAUGAACGAUGAACAACCAUUGCAAGUCGCUAGAUGUACAAAAAUCAUUAAAUCAGAAGACGCUGAAGACACAGACGAAGUGGACGAGAAGGCUAAAUACAUCAUCAACAUCAAACAAAUAGCUAAGUUUGUGGUUGGAUUGGGAGAACGUGUAUCACCAACAGAUAUAGAGGAAGGAAUGAGAGUAGGUGUCGAUCGAUCGAAAUAUGAAAUCCAGUUACCUUUACCACCCAGAAUUGAUCCUACGGUCACAAUGAUGACGGUUGAAGAAAAGCCGGAUGUCACAUAUAGUGAUGUUGGUGGUUGUAAAGAACAAAUUGAGAAAUUGAGAGAGGUUGUGGAAUUGCCACUUUUAUCGCCUGAAAGAUUCGUCAAGUUAGGUAUCGAUCCACCUAAAGGUAUCUUAUUAUAUGGUCCUCCUGGUACUGGUAAAACACUCUGUGCCAGAGCGGUUGCAAACAGAACGGAUGCUACUUUUAUUAGAGUUAUCGGUUCUGAAUUAGUUCAGAAGUAUGUCGGUGAAGGUGCUAGAAUGGUAAGAGAGCUCUUUGAAAUGGCAAGAACCAAGAAAGCAUGUAUCAUUUUUUUUGACGAAGUUGAUGCAAUUGGAGGUGCAAGAUUCGAUGAUGGUGCCGGAGGUGACAACGAAGUACAGAGAACCAUGUUGGAAUUGAUCACACAGCUUGACGGUUUUGACCCAAGAGGUAAUAUCAAAGUCAUGUUUGCUACUAACAGACCCAACACUUUGGAUCCAGCGUUACUAAGACCUGGUAGAAUAGAUAGAAAAGUGGAAUUUUCCCUUCCUGAUCUAGAAGGUAGAGCCAAUAUUUUCAAGAUUCAUGCCAAGUCGAUGUCAUGCGAAAGAGACAUUAGAUGGGAAUUGAUAUCAAGAAUGUGUCCUAACGCCACCGGUGCCGAACUAAGAUCAGUUUGUACGGAAGCUGGUAUGUUUGCCAUCAGAGCAAGAAGAAAAGUGGCCACAGAGAAGGAUUUCUUGAAUGCAGUGGAGAAGGUCAUCAAGGGAAAUAUGAAAUUCUCUUCAACAAGUAGGUAUAUGCAAUAUAAUUAG